CAACACAGCAUAAAUCUCAUAUAGGGAAGAUAUUAAAUCAGGGCGCGUGUGAUUGUGUGCGCGCGCGCUUGUUGUACGCGUUCUCGCACUCCUCCUCGUCUUCCUACUCAUUGAGCCCCCUCACUCACUCUACAGUGUCAUUAGUCUGUCCGUUCUGCUCCGGCCGCUGGGGGAACACCGCACAGGACAGACAGCGAGAGCGAACGAGCAAGCGAGAGGAGAGAGGAAAAAAAAGAAAGAAAAAAAAACCACCCACACACAUCUUUGUAGAAAGUCCAACUUAUUAGAAACGCACGCGAGAAGGCCAGGGGGAAACCUGGCUCUCAACGGAGUGCACAUGAGCGCGUGAAGCCGGCUGUUAUUUCUGUGCGCGCGGUGUGGCUCCCGAAAAUGCAGCGGCGCUGAAACAAAGGGACUCCGAGCGGCGUUCUCUGUUCUCUGUUCUCUGGAAACACAACUGGCUGCGAGGCUGAGGGCCUCUCUGGAUGGAAAGAUGGAAGCAGAGAGACAGUGGUGGAAAAGCCAGCUUGCUUCAGAUAUCCAUCAGGCUCUGCGAAUUAAGGAGUUGAAGUUACCUACAUACCACGCUCAUUCGCCGCAGAUUGGAAUGAGGCGCUACUUUGCCGACCUGCUCGCCGUCCUCAGUAAUCGCUACCAGUUGUGCCCCACGGCACGCCACCUGGCUGUCUACCUGCUCGACCUCUUCAUGGACCAUUAUGACGUAGCCGUGAGACAACUUUACGUCAUCGCCCUUUCCUGCCUUCUCCUAGCUAGUAAAUUUGAGGAGAAGGAGGACCGUGUGCCUAAGCUGGAGCAGCUGAACACACUGGGCUUCAUGUGCAGCCUCAACCUGGCCCUGAAUAAGCGUGACCUCAUCAAAAUGGAAUUGCUGCUGCUGGAGACCUUCGGCUGGAACCUGUGCAUGCCCACGCCAGCUCACUUUAUCGACUACUACCUCCACGCUGCCGUGCAGGAGGGUGACCUGUACAAUGGCUGGCCCUUGACCUCGCUGUCCAAGACCAAAGCCUUCAUGGACAAAUACACACACUACUUCCUGGAGAUUUCCCUGCAAGAUCACGCCUUCUUGAGCUUCAGACCCUCACAGGUGGCAGCCGCCUGCAUCGCAGCCUCUCGCAUUUGCCUGCAGAUUUCACCGAGCUGGACCACCGUGCUCCACCUGCUCACAGGAUAUUCCUGGGACCACCUGACCCAGUGCAUCCAGCUCAUGCUGCUUGCGCACGAUAAUGACGUGAAAGAAGCCAACAAGUCCAAGUCGUCACCUUCAUCCAGUCAGAGUGCACAACCCCAGGCUCAUGCCUCACCCGGCCCUGCUCCCUCAGCCCUGCAAAGACACCCUGCGUCCACCUCACAGCAGCUACUGCUCCAGACUGGCAGCUACCCGCCGCUUGCACAGCACUCCCCUGCUCUGGCACAGCUGCACAUGCUGGCUGAGUGCCAGGCCAUGGGUGCAGUGAGCACACGAGAAUAUCUCCAGCCGCACCAGGCUAGCCUGCUCUCUUCCUCUAUGCCGACCACAUCGUUCCCGUCUUUCCCCAGUCUGGCGUCUGGGCUGUGUGGCUUGCCCUUGCAGGGACCCCUCUCCAUGCAGGUUAGCAUGGCGGCAGAACCGCGACCCUGUGUGGGCCUGGCUUACGCAAAUAGCUACCUUGGCUCACACCACGGCUUCGCAGCCGGAUGUUUCGACAGGUGACGCCAGGAGAGGGAGGGCAGACAGAACUCGCUGUCCUCUGCCCUCCUCUCCACCUCCCCGGCGCCAUCCACCCUCAGCCAGAGGCAUAGACUUUCUAAACAGAAGGCCCACAGCCGAACAGAUCCAUCAAAGGUCAUAGUAUUAAGCUAAAACAAGCUGAAACUAGCUCAAGUGUGGACCUUCUGCUUUUUUCUUCCUUUUAAACACCUAGGUGCCUGUCGCUCUGCCCGUUUUGAGAAAAUAUCUCAAAGACUACAAAAUGCCCAUGUAUCUAUUGGGGCUAAUUCAUUCUGAGAACAUGACGGGAGGAGAGUAGAAUGCCAUCGCUGCAAGAUAUGAUUAUCAGACACUUAGAAACGUCCCACAGGAGCAUUUUAGUUCCAAACAAAGCCUUAAGAAGAGAAACGGUGGAUAUCGGGUUCCCAAACUGCUGUUUAUUUUCCUUUUCUUUCUCUCUCUCUUCCGUUUUUUUUUUUGUUUGUUUGUUUGUUUUUGUUUCGUUUUUUAUAAAUAAGGCGUCCUUGAAAUUUCACACUGGAAUUACUGUGUCGUCCUUGAUGCUGCUGCCUUAAAAGUCAGAUGCUGGCUUUAUGACCAAGAAACCUGUCUCCCUUUUUGGUAUCGUUUACAGUGACUAAAUAAAACACAUAUCAGGGAUGUGCAGAUUACUUGAAAAAAAAAUGCCAUUGAAAAAUACCAGCUGAUGUUUGUAUGAAGUGGUUAAUUUGUAAAUAUGUUUGUAUUUGAUUCUGCUUUAAAGGUGAGCAUGUCUGUAAGGAAGGUUACUUGCAGCUUUUGGUUUAGAGCCCCAUCCCUCUGGCCUUCCCGCAGGCAGAUGGAGGGGAAACCCCAGGGGAAUGAGGCAUCUGUCCUGUCGCCUCUGUAGCUCACGCUGGAGGAAGCUGAGCUUUACAAGCUGCUUACCCGGUCAGGGCAGGGGGGGUCUCCUUGAUUCAUCCAUUUUAAGCUCACUACCAUAGAAAGAUGACUUCAUUGUCUUUUACCUCAACCAUUUAGUCACUGUGGUGCAUGCAUAUUACCUCACACUACUGACAGUCAGUCAUUCUCCAAUCAAAUGCUAGGAUACUGUGGACACAAUUGCCCUACAUAUUUGUUAGAUUAGACAAUAUUAUACAGUAACAUAAUCAACUAUACUACUGAUUCAUCGAUUAUGGAAGAUCUAGUUACGCACACAUGGGUGAGCUUGAUGACACUGUGAUGGGUAAAAACAGCAGACGAUGCAUAUUCUUCAAUUUCAUGAUUUAUGAUUUUUUUGUCAUUCCAAACGGUUUGCUUUGUUGUGAAAAUCGAGCGAAGCUGAAUAUUCAUGAAGCAGACACAUUUUCACAGAACACUAAAGAUUAGACUAGCGCAAACUCCAAGUCCAUUUCUCUCAGGUUUUGGUGGGUUUUACAGGGAUGUCAACUGCACAAUAAAAAUCAACCAGCAGCAAGACCAAAGUGUCUGCUUUAUGUCCUGCUAAAUUCUAAGCUUUUUAACCACUUUAUUGGACUUUGGAUACAAAUCAUCCUGUGAUAGUCCUGAAUCUUUAACUACCUCAAUGUAUGCCAUUGUUUUUUUAUGCUGAUUUUGCAGGACUUCUAUUUUAUUUGAUUAUCUUCUUUCUGACUGGUCAUGAGCUUCAGGAUUCGUUGUUUUUUUGUUGUUGUUUUUUUUUAAUUCCCAGAACUUUUUAUUCCACACAUUAAUCUUUUAUGUUGAAGUCUCAUUAUGUAGGUAGAUGAAUUGUGUUCACUGUAACAGAUGUAGGCACUGUUUUUGUAUUUCAGUGAAGCCUCUGUGUGUGCAAUACGUAACCAUUCAUUUCAUCUGUUACUGUAGAGUUGUUACAGUUUGUUUUUGUUUUGUUUUUUUGUUGUGUUUUUUUUAACCACUGCGUUAUUUUGUUUAUUUUAGCCUUAGUGUGUUUUUAUAACAAGGUAUUACUGCUAGAAGGCAGUGGAUUUUUAUUUUAUUGUCCACCGAGAAAAUGUUGCACAUUGCAACCGAUGUCUGCUAAAUGUAGACAUUUAGUAGACCAGUGAAUACUGAUGAGUACAUUCAGUGGUCUAUGGUUUUAUUUAAAAGCCUGUAUUUGUGUAGGAGAUUGUGGCCAGUGGGGAGGGGUGGGGUGAACAUGACAUUUGGAUAUAAAAUCCCAAAAAAUAAAAAAAGGAACAACAGCACAGAUGUCUUUUUUUUUUCCCCCCCUCUUUCUUUCCUCCUCUUGGUUGAAUACUGUACUAAAUAGUAAAAGCAGUUCAUUUGCAUAGGUCACAUGUUGUUUAAUAUGAAUGUGAAGUCGUUGCACAUGAAAAGGUCGGAAGGGAGUGGGGAGCUCUCUUCUCUUCCUUUAGCCCCACCCCAGAGAGCAGUGCCCUCCCUCCAUCCCUCUGUCUCUCUCGCCAUACCCCUCCCCCCCAUCCCAUUUCAUGUGCUACAUACAAGACAAUGGAGGGGAUUCCUGCUCGGCAUGACACUCUUUCCUGUCACUAAACAGCAAAUAAAGAGCAAACAUAAAAAGCAAGGGCUAAAGAUUUUCCGGCUCAAAGAACAGCCUGAAAAACUAAGAUGGAGAGAGAAAAUGCAUUUCUUAAUCAUACUCUGCAGAGGUCAGUGUUAUGAAAAGGAAACACUAAGAAAUUCAACUAUCUGUGCUAUUAGCCAGUUAAUGAUUUUAUUAUUUAGUUCUUGCAAAUACCUGGUAGAAAAAAAUGCUUAGUGCUGUAUUUAAAUAUUGCCAGAGAUUUUAUUUACUUGAGCAUAUUGUAAUGAAUUGGUGUGUGCUCUAUUUUCUUUGUUUCAUUCUAAGUUAGUGUUGGUAUGCUCUUAUAACAGGGUAUAACUGCAUGAAGGCAGUGAUUUUUAUUGUCCAUUUGGAACACGCUGCACAUUGUGACUGAUGUCUUCUAAAUCUAGAGGUUUAGUAUACCAGGAAGUAAUGAUAGAUUUGUUCAGUGGUCUAUGGUUUUUCAUUUAAAAGCUUGUAUUUGUGUAGGACAUUCAGGCCAUUUGGUAUGGGGCUGGGAAAUGAGAUGAUCUGGAUAAAAGAACAGCUCAAAAAAUGACAAUUAAAAAAAAACAAAAAAAAAACCCUUAAUGCUGUAUUUAUACGUCACUCGUUCUAUUUAACUGAACGUUGGCCUCUGUCCUAUUUGCUCAUCCAACUGUCUUUACUGUUUAAAGGAGCAAAUAUUUUUCAAGACACUCAUUGUGGGAUUGUGGACUGAUGCGAGUCUGAUAAGGUGUAAACCCGUAGAAUGGGAUGUCAUGCUAGAUUAGUGGGUCUGUUGAGAGAGCCGUCUUAUCUGAGUAAUUAAAGAUACUGGCUGGAAGACGACAGAGGAAGACUGGGAGGGGAGGAGGGAGCCUCCUUUGUGCGAAUGCUCUGUUGGGGGUACAUGUGCAGGCCCAGGGAGGUACACCACAUGUCUGAACCGGCGUGAAGAAAGGAAUUGGAGGGUGGGCAGCAGUUGGGUAAUGGAUCAUUUUCACAACCUUUGUUUGAACAGCAGAGAGGGGGAGGUGCUGGCACACUUUUAAUUAUUAGAAAGGUUUACUUUCAUACCCAAACUGAAACAUGCAUUCACUUGGAUUUUGUUUUACCACUUAAAAGAUACUAUAAAGUCAAAAGGAUUGGAAAUGGAAAUGCUAAAAUAAAAGGAGACUAGUCUGA